AUCUUGUCUAUAAUCAAUGACAGAAGUAGUAAGUGUUAAAAGGCGGAAUUGUUGUAUUUUGUUAAAAUACUUUAAUGUUCCUUCUUUAUACCCACUUAUUAUCUUCGCUGGAUCAUGAUGUCGACCACCGAAGGCGAACUAGACGUCGAGGUGUCUCAUGAACGUGAAGAAGGAGAGUUGGAGGAUUCAGAUGUGGAAGAGGGCACGUAUAUACCGCUGGAGCGGCCGGAGGCGUUCAACCCGCCGUCGCUGGUGAACAUGCAGAUCCAGGAUGAGCUGAGCGACGAGGGGUCGGCGCAGGAGUCGUCAGGGUCGGACUCGGAGGAGGAGCCGCGGCGGCGACCGAAGCGCACGAAGCUGAGGCCGAAACGCCCGCAGCAGUCCCAGCCGGACAAAAAAGACAAAUAUAAUGUUUGGUGCAAAGCAUUGCAGGAAGACUUAUUAACAGAAGACAUGGUCAGCUGCGAUGUCACUAAAAAAAGCAGAUAUGGCGUUGAAUCUUAUGAUUAUACUAUUAAGUAUAGAUUAGACGAUAGCUAUAUUCCUAAAAAUGUAUUCACAAGUAAUAAUUUGGAGGAUGAAAAUACGUCAAAGAAAAGGAGGCAUUCAGACAGGUCCAACGUGAAACUAAGGCUCGGCAAAAGGGCAAUGAAUGAAGACCAUAGUAGUAAGCAGCAGCCUAGGGUACUAGAUGAUUUGGUGGCGACUUCUGAGGAUCCUAUAGAAGUAAUUGCUUUGGAAAUUGCAGAAAAGUUGCAGGAAGAGAAGAAGGAUUUAGUAGGUAGGAUUGUACAGGUACUAGGCGUCAGCAAAGCUAUAGAAAUAUACAAGGAGACACAAAGGGUCGAGGCUGAUGGAGGCAUGCUGGUCAUGAACGGCACCCGUCGACGGACCCCCGGCGGUAUCUACUUCUUCCUGUUGAAGCGGGAUGACGAGAUCUCGCAGGAGAUGAUCAACCAGAUCUUCAACGAGGAGCGCAAAGAGACCGCGCGGCGUAUUAAACGGGCGCGGGCGAAGAGUCGCCAGAAGGUUAUGGAACAGCUUAAACAGAGUCUCACAGAAUCCGAGCUGCCCACUCUGCUGUCCCGCGGCGGCGGCGGCGGUGGCGGCGGCGAGGCCACGGUGCCGACCGCGCACGGCUCCAACCCGCCGCCCUCGCCCGCCACCGACGCGCGCGACGGCUCCUCCGACACCGACGCGCCCGCCCUCUCCCCCUCCCCCUCCCCCUCCCCCGCACCCGACGCGCAGCCCGACCGGACCGAGCGGGGCUUGCACAACUAUGACGAUGAUGAUUACCUGGAGGUUAUGUGUAACGAUGACAUGGAUAUGUUCUAAAGUGUCCGGGACGAUUCUCGUGUUAUCAAGUUGUGGCAAUAAAAUUAACCCUUUACCAGGCUAGGGGAUUCAUAUUUCUCACAUACGGCACUGGAAACAUGUGUUCUAUUUUCGAUGAGUAAGACUGACAUUCGGUUGUCAUUUUUGAAAUGUCAGCCUGGUAAAGGGUUAAGUGAUCUAAUCGACAGUUCCUAGGACCCGGAGGCCUCCCCCUUCCGGCGACCCGACCGGACGGAGCGAGGUUUUCAGAACUAUGAUGAUGAUUACUUGGAGGUUAUGUGUAAAAAGUUGUCCCGGAAUGGUUCUCAAGAAAUAUGACUUAAUAAGAUUAAGUGAAGUGUACUGUGACGCCUAAUUUGAUUAACCUUUCGUUUGCCUUGUCCCAUACCCGUGCCACACAAUUUGGACUGUAAUUCACAAUUUCAAGGUUAUUAAUUAUGUAGCACAUUUUUGACAAAGGCAUAUGAAGGGUUAAACCAGAAUAGGGUAUCCGCAGUCUUUCAACCACUUAAAUCGGGGGUUCUACCAAUGUAUUUAAUUAUUGCAAUAGCAAAAAAUUUAAACCGGUGUACAUUGAGACUUUGAGAUUGUCAAUUUGAACAAGAAUCGUUCCACUAUAAUAAAUAAAUGUAAAAAAUAAUACACUGGGCUACCCGCUGGCAAAUAAUUUGAAUUUGUGGGACUGUGUAGUGUGUAUAUAACUUGUUUCAUUGAAGCAACUUUGAAUAUUAAAUUUGAAUAAAGAAUAAUCGCUGGUAAGAAAUUAACCUUUUAAACAAUACACCGUCAUUUACAUGUUUUCUACCUAUCUGCAUGCCAAGAAAUUAUGUGAAAUAAAAUUGAAUCGUUUGCCUACGUGUUCUAGGUCGUUAUUUGAUUAUUUAUACGACGAAAAGGCACGAUUUUGACGGGUAUAUCCGUUACUGGUAUUUUAAAGGGUUAAUGACAAAAACUUUUUUUUUUUUCAAGUUAAUUGAGAUGUUGAUUCGAUUAUUGAUAAUGGUGAAUUUGUGAAUGGUGCCCGACGUUCCCUUUUCGUUAUUUAGUUUAAGAUUUUAUAUACUAGGGUCAGUGCAGUACCAAUACAAAGUUUUAACCUUUUGUCCAAAGGUUAAAAUGAAUACCUUCACCUACUUCUACUUAAUUAUUAGCCACAUGAUUCGAGAAACUUACUCUUACCAGAUGACAUCAUUGUCAAAGUAUUUGUUUAUUUUUCCUAUUUCUAUUGUUUUAACUAUUUGACUUUAGAGAUAACCUUUUGGUGCUGAUUUUUUAAAUACUUUUGUACAAACAGCAACACUCCUAAGUGUACAUCGGUGGACCUUAUUACAAAUGGCAUAAGGUCCAUCGAUGUACAGUUAACAAUGUGGUCGAUGGUACCGACAAUGAUGCUUUAUUUUGAUGGUCAUCGCUUUUCGACAAUGUGUUACGUAAUUGUCAGGUAAAGAUUAUGUUCCUGGCAUAGUUUGUAGAUUUCUAACCCGACGGCUAAUCCUUUGUCUAUUGUUAAGUAAAACCGCUCGUACUACUUACCUGCAUAAAAGGGUCUUAAUUAUUCUAUUUGGCACCUGAGCGCGGGCUAGCCCAACGCUCAAAAAACCUGUGUAGGUGCGCUCUCCGGUAACGCGCCUUUGUUACUCAUCUCGAUGACACAUUUUAGACUGGUUCUGUAGCGUUCGACUCGCCGGCACACUCAGUAACCGUAGUACUGAGUGCCGGCGAGUAGAACGGACCACACACAUCCUAACAAAAUAUUUAUCCAUUAGUUAAUUUUGAAUCUUAUUGCAAUUUCUAUAGGAGUUGUAAUUCAAAUACCUGGGUAAAGUGAACGAACGAUUUUUUAUGCAGGUGGUAGCACGAGCGGGUUUACUUAAUAGACAAAGGAUUAGCCGUCGGGGCAUGUUAGAAAUCUACAAACUAUAAUGUAAAAGAAAAUUAAGGGAGGUAGCUACAUUGUGUCAAAAGUUGUUGGUAAAUAUUUGAUUAUUCGGUGAACUGACCAUAAAUAUUUAUAAUUAGGAUUACGUCAAUUGUAAUCGACAUCAAACUGAUACAAAAGUAGGGUUGUAUAUAUCGACAAAAGUUUCUUACGUUAUCUGAAACCAAAGGAGAGGUUCGACACUUACACGAGAAAUAUUGUAGGUUUUUAUAAAUAUUGAUAUUGAUCUCAAAAUUAGGAAUUGAAGGCGACGAAUUGACUUUUUUCAGCUUGGUCUUGAUUUUGUAAUCAUUGCUGAAUUCCUAAUUCUUAAGCAAAUCGAAAAUAAAAUUGUGUUUGGAGAUUAGAGGAAAAGAACAGUAAAAUAAACAGUAUCGCCAUCCAUUUGACCAGAGAGAAUGCAAAAUAAUUAUUAUGGAAGUACUACCUAAUUGUGUAUAAUAACAUUAAUAACGUACCUACCAGUGAUGUUGCGGAUGCUGAUUUAUUGACAUCCGCGGACGCGGAUGCGGAUAUUUAAAGGCUCACAUCCGCGGAUGCGGAUGCGGAUGUCAAGGUUAGGUACUUAAAAAACGUCAAAUAUUACAUUUUUAGUAAUUUUUAUUGAAAAAAAAACUAAACGUUUAGUAUUUGAGCAAGAAUAUAGGUGCGUUAUAUUUAAUAAACAGUAAGUUGGCCGACGUUUCUGGAUCUAGAAUUCUAGACGAUUUCGUUAUAGGUAAUGACGAAAUUACCUAACACUUACGCCGCCGCUAAGAGGUUCCUAUACCGACUUGGUCGACAUCCGCAUCCGCAUAAGCUCCGCGUCGAUUUUAUGCGGAUGCAGAUGCGGAUGUUGAAAAUAAUGCGGAAGUUCCGCGGUUGCGGAUGCGAAUAUUCGCAACAUCCCUGGUACCUACCUAUAGAAUAUCACUUAAAACUUAUGUACCAUCACACCCCGCGAUUGUUGCGCCAUUUAAGGUCCUAACUAAAUUGGUUGUCCAAUACUAUAGAAUUUCCAAUUAGAACCCUAAAUGGCAUAACAGUCCCGUGUGGUGACUGUACGUUCUUCGCUGUGGGCAAAAUAACUUACGCUCACGACACCUAAGGGUCUUGGUAUCAAAAAGUUAUCCAUAUAAUUAUACUAAAACCUACUGCCAUGUAAAUUCGACAUAAUGUAAAGCAGCGGUCGGCAACCUUUUACCAGCCAAGGGCCACAUAGUAGUUAAAGGAACUUGACGCGGGCCGCACUUUUGUUAAUAUGUGUGACUUUAUCAGACAUUGUUGUUUGACAAUAUUACAUAUAAAAUAGCCAGGGGGGCUCGCGGGCCGCUUGUUGCCGACCGCUGAUGUAAAGGUAAGCUGUAAAAGUUAUGGUCAAAUGGUCAAGUCAAUAUCCGCCUAAAAUUAUUUUUUAUAACGAAAAUUCAUUGAAGUUCCACUCGUAGCGUGUAGACAAUAACGUAGUUCCGAAAUGCCUCGAAAUAGAUAUUUAUGUAUGUAAUUAAUUACACCCUUAUUCACAAACGCUACAAGCCUCAAUUAGCUAAUAAUCGUUUGUCUUUAUCUGUCAUUUUGACUUAUGUAUUUGUAAGAAAAGGAUAAAACAUAAUUUAACUUAGGCCCGUGAAGUGUUAUGAAUAAGGGGGUUAGGGCCACUUGCACCAUUCUCUAACCCGGGGUUAACCGGUUAAACCUGGAGUUACGAUGGUUACCAGUACACUAUGACACUGGGUUAACGGUUUAACUGUUUAACCCCGGGAUAGUGGGAUGGUGCAAGUGGCGCUUAGAAUAUUUAUGCACUAUACUUUCCUCUUAGUUGUAUGCCGAAUGUGUCACCGGAUCUACAAUGCGUUUACGGACAUUGUGAAGUAUAAGUAGGAAUAUGCAUAGAACAGACCUACUUUAUAUAAUAAAUUUAUAUACAAAAAAAUGUCUUUAUUUUUCCU